AUGGACCUCACUAUCGCGUUCGGCAUCGGCGCCGGCGCAGAUAGUGUCGACCCCUUCGACUUCGCCAAGGAUGCUCUGUCGCGUGUCUCGCAGAUCGCCGUUGACCUUGGCGCGCGCAAAAAACUAUGCGUCGCGGGCUGCCUCGCUGCCGAAUUGCUCAUUGCCCGAAAGACCAUGGUCUCGGCAGGUGGGACGCAGCUGCCCAAACUUCAGCGACGGGCUCCCAAGCUUCUGAAAGAUCUGGAGCUCAGCCCCAAAGGGAAGGGGAGCGAAGAGCGUGUGCGACAAGGCUUUCAGAGCUUCGCCAAGUCUUCUCCAUAUGUCGUCGACCAAUACUUCUAG